AUGAACAAGAAACAUCUAAAAAUUAAAUAAAUAACUUCAAACUUUGAGAAUGAGGUUUUGAAGUAAGAUCAUAGAAGACUAUCAUCUGAUAUUGAAUAAAUGCUAUCAUCUCCUGAAAUCAAGAAGUUCGAAGCUUUUUUAAGAGAGUCGAUGACCCAUAAACAAAGACUUUCAGAUAAAUUUUCUUAGUUUACUCCAAUUACUUAAAAAUAGUAGGAUUUAUAUUGUGAGGACGAACUUAAAUGGAAUCGCACAGAGUGA